AUGAUGUCCUCCGCCGGCGCUAGCCUGCGAGCUUCCGGACUCGGCCGAUGGGGCCACCUGACAGGCUCUCCAAAGCUGUGGUCUGGCGGCCGGGUCUCAUGGGCCCCUGCCCGGAAGACAGCGACCUGGAGCCUGGAGCCCGCCGGCCGCUGCAGCUGGGACGAGCCCGUGCGCAUCGCCGUGCGCGGCCUGGCCCCGCAACAGCCCGUCACGCUGCGCGCGUCCCUGCGCGACGAGAAGGGCGCGCUCUUCCGGGCCCACGCGCGGUACCGAGCCGACGCCGGCGGCCUCCUGGACCUGGAGCGCGCGCCCGCGCUGGGCGGCAGCUUCACGGGGCUCGAGCCCAUGGGGCUGCUCUGGGCCCUGGAGCCCGAGAAACCCCUGGUGCGGUUGGUGAAGCGGGACGUGCAAACGCUCUUCGCCGUGGAGCUGGAGGUGCUCGACGGCCACGAGCCGGACGCCGGGCGCGUCCUGGGCCGGACGGUGCACGAGCGCGACUUCCUGCGGCCAGGCGUGCGGCGGGAGCCGGUGCGCGCGGGCCGGGUGCGCGCUACGCUCUUCCUGCCCCCAGAACCGGGGCCCUUUCCUGGGAUUGUGGACAUUUAUGGAGUUGGAAGUGGCCUUCUGGAACAACGAGCUAGUCUGCUGGCUGGCAAGGGUUUUGCUGUGAUGGCUCUGGCUUAUCAUAACUAUGAAGACCUCCCCAAAGGUCUGGAGACCCUCCACCUGGACUACUUUGAAGAAGCUGUGAACUACCUGCUGGAUCACCCUCAGGUAAAGGGUCCGGGAGUCGGGCUGCUUGGCAGUUCCAAAGGAGGUGAACUCUGCCUGUCUAUGGCCUCAUUCCUGAAAGGUAUCACUGCUUCUGUCAUAAUCAAUGGCUCCGUGGCCAUUGUCGGAGGAGCCUUACACUACAAAGAUGAGACCUUGCCCCCUCUGGGCAUAGACCCAAGUCGAAUAAGGCUGACCAAAGACGGCUUGGCAGACAUUUUGCAUGUCCUGAACAGCCCUUUGGAAGAAGCUGACCAGAAGAGUUUCAUUCCCGUGGAAAGGGCUGAGAGUGCCUUCCUGUUCCUUGUAGGUCAGGAUGACCACAACUGGAAAAGUGAAUUCUUUGCUAAUGAGGCCUCUAAGUGCUUACAGGCCCAUGGUAGGGAGAAGCCCCAGAUCAUCUGUUAUCCUGGGACAGGGCACUACAUUGAGCCUCCUUACUUCCCCCUGUGCCGGGCUUCCCUACACAUCUUCGUGGGUGGUCCUGUCAUCUGGGGAGGGGAGCCCAGGGCUCAUGCCAUGGCCCAGGUGGAUGCUUGGAAGCAGCUCCAGACUUUCUUCCACAAACACUUGGUGGAGAAAAGUUAG